AUGGAUUAUGCAAAAAAUGGAAGUUUAAGACAACGUUUAAAUAAUUAUUUUAAUUCAAUGAAAUGGGCAGAAAAGUUGGAUAUCUUACAAAGGACUGCAAAUGGACUUGUUGCUAUUCAUAAUAAAAAUUUAAUUCAUCAUGAUUUUCAUUGUGGUAAUAUAUUAAAUGGUGCAAGCAAUAUUACUUAUAUAACUGAUUUAGGAUUAUGCCGACCAGCAAAUGUAGUACCUUCUCAAGAUGAAAAUAAAAAAAUUUAUGGAGUAUUACCUUAUGUAGCACCUGAGGUUUUAAGAGGAAAAGAAUAUACCCAAGAAAGUGAUAUUUAUUCAUUUGGAAUUAUUGCAUAUGAAGUCUGUACAGGGUUUCCUCCUUAUCAUGAUAUUUCUCAUGAUAAAUUCUUAGCUAUUAGCAUUUGUCAAGGACUUAGACCAAAAUCUGAUUAUAAAAUUCCUCAACUAAUUUUAAAUAUAAUUAAACAAUGUUGGGAUGCUGAUCCUUUAAAACGACCUAAAGCAAAUGAAUUAUAUGAUUUAUUAUAUAAUUUAUAUAUUUCAAGUUAUUUUUCAAGUAGACGUGACCAUGACAUAAUCAAUAAGCAAAUUGAAGAAGCAGAUAAAAUUAAUGAGAAAUUAACUUCCUCUUCAUUAUUAUAUACUGGUAAUACCCUUUCAUAUACUACAAAUCCUCAAGCAGUUUACACAAGUAGACUUUUAGACUUUAAAAAUCUUCCAGAACCAAAAAAUGCUGUUGAUAGUAAGGAUGAUGGCGAUAAUUCAUUUGAAUAUUCAGAAUCCAUAGAACCAAUAGAUUUCACUACCUAG